AUGGAAGCCGGGGAGCUGGGGAGCUCCAUGCCCGACUACCGCCUCAUCUCUGAGGCCAGCCAGCAUAACAUGGAAGAUGCCAGGACGCCACCUCGCAAACCCUCGGAGACGAUGCAGCUAAAGAAGGAGAUCACCCUGCUGAAUGGGAUCAGCUUGGUGGUGGGCAACAUGAUCGGCUCAGGCAUCUUUGUCUCUCCCAAGGGCGUGCUGGUGUACACUACCUCCUAUGGGUUGUCGCUGGUGGUGUGGGCAAUCGGUGGGCUCUUCUCUGUCAUUGGUGCCCUCUGCUAUGCAGAACUGGGGACCACCAUCACAAAGUCUGGGGCCAGCUAUGCUUACAUUCUGGAGGCCUUUGGGGGCUUCAUCGCUUUCAUUCGUCUGUGGGCCUCGCUGCUUAUUGUCGAGCCCACCAGCCAGGCCAUCAUUGCCAUCACCUUCGCCAACUACAUCACCCAGCCUUCUUUCCCCACCUGUAACACCCCGUAUGCGGCCAGCCGGCUCAUCGCUGCUGCUUGCAUAUGUCUGCUGACAUUUGUGAACUGUGCAUAUGUGAAGUGGGGCACACGUGUGCAGGAUGCCUUCACUUAUGCCAAGGUCCUAGCCCUCAUUGCCAUCAUUGUCAUGGGCCUUGUUAAGCUGUGCCAGGGACACUCUGAGCACUUUCAGCAUGCCUUUGAGGGUUCUUCCUGGGAUGUAGGAAAUCUCUCUCUUGCCCUCUACUCCGCCCUCUUCUCAUAUUCAGGUUGGGAUACCCUUAAUUUUGUAACAGAAGAAAUCAAAAACCCAGAAAGAAAUUUGCCCCUGGCCAUUGGGAUUUCUAUGCCAGUUGUGACGCUCAUCUACAUUCUGACCAAUGUGGCUUACUACACAGUGCUGAGCAUCUCAGAUGUCCUUGACAGUGAUGCGGUGGCUGUGACGUUUGCUGACCACGCAUUUGGCAUGUUCAGCUGGACUAUCCCCAUUGCUGUGGCUCUGUCCUGCUUUGGAGGCCUCAAUGCAUCUAUCUUUGCUUCAUCGAGGUUGUUCUUUGUAGGCUCCCGUGAGGGCCAUCUCCCGGAUCUUCUGUCCAUGAUCCAUAUUAAACGUUUCACACCCAUCCCUGCUUUACUGUUCAAUUGCACCAUGGCCCUCAUCUACCUCACUGUGGCGGAUGUGUUCCUGCUCAUCAACUACUUCAGCUUCAGCUACUGGUUCUUUGUGGGCCUCUCUGUUGCCGGACAGCUCUACCUUCGCUGGAAGGAACCUGAGCGGCCCCGGCCCCUCAAGCUGAGCCUGUUUUUCCCCAUUGUGUUCUGCUUAUGCUCCAUCUUUCUGGUGAUCGUACCUCUCUGUAAGGACACCAUCAAUUCCCUCAUUGGCAUUGGCAUUGCCCUCUCUGGAGUCCCUGUCUACCUCUUGGGUGUCUACCUGCCAGCAUCCCGGAGGCCACGCUUCAUCCGGAACGUGCUGGCGACCAUCACCCAAAUCGCCCAAAAGCUUUGCUUUUGUGUCCUGACUGAGCUGGAUGUAACUGAAGAGAGAACGGUUGAGAGGAAAACUGACUAG